CGCGCAUGCGCAGUGUUGUUCGGAGUCACGUGAAAGCGUGGUCUCGUUCUCUGACAGCAGUUACAGCUCGGUGUGGAGGAUGAGCUCAGGCAAUGGGGCGAGGAGGAAAGUCAGGAAGCUGCAGCAUUUCAGCAACACGGUGGCGUUGGACCCUGAAACACUGGCUGAGAUUCAGGGUCUUUUCAGAAAAGUUAGAAGCUAUGUGAAACCUGCCAGUGGGGAGUGGUGCCUCCCCGACCCAGACGUCGCUCUCAGACAACCCGCGGAGCAGCACUGCCGGCUGCAGGCCCUGAAGGCAUCGUUGAACGACGUGAAGAACCAGCUCAGUGACAAGAACGUUCAGGUAUGGCAUCAGCACACCAAUUCCACCAAUCGAGCGGGGGCGGUGAUCGCCGCCGUACGCUCUGCAGCCAAUGCAGAGAUCUGCACUCAGGCCUGGUGCAAGUUUUCCGAGAUCCUGGGACGCUUUAGUCUUCUUCCAGAGGAGGCUCUUCAGAACGGAGAGCUGAACACAGUCCAUCUGUGUGAAGCUCCAGGGGCUUUCAUAACCGCUCUGAACCACUACAUCAAAACCAGCGAGUCCAUGCGUUACUGUGACUGGAGCUGGGCGGCCAACACUCUCAACCCGUACCACGAGGCCAACGGCUGCAGCACAACGAUCGCCGAUGAUCGAUUGAUUGCGAACACUCUGCCCUGGUGGUUCUUCGGCUCUGACAACACAGGCAACAUCAUGAUCCAGAAACAUUUGCUGGAGCUGCAGGCGUUUGUGGCUAACAUGCGUACCGUGGAAGUGGUGACGGCAGAUGGUAGCUUUGACUGUCAGGAGAAGCCGGACGAGCAGGAGGCGCUGGUGGCGUCCCUGCAUUACUGCGAGGCCACAGCUGCACUGCUGCUCCUGAGCCCCGGGGGCUCCUUUGUGCUCAAGAUGUUCACCCUGUAUGAGCACUCCUCCGUCUGCCUCCUGUACCUGCUGAACUGCUGUUUCAGCUCUGUCAACGUCUUCAAACCUGCCACCAGCAAGUCGGGAAACUCUGAGGUUUAUGUCGUGUGUCUGAACUAUGAGGGCAAGGAAGUUGUGAGGCCUCUGCUCUCCAAACUGAUCCGUAACUACGGUCCACAGCUGGCUGACCGAGAGGCACUUUUCGGAAACUCAGACCUCCCAGAGUCGUUUUUGAAGCAGCAUGAAGAAGUGUGCUCGUACUUCACCAGGCUGCAGGUGGACACCAUAACAGAAAACCUGCGACUGUUUGGAGGAAUGAGCAGCGAACAGAGGCAGUGGCUCGACUUCAUCAGGGAUGGCACGGCUCAGGAGUAUCUGCAUCGCUUCCAGGUGAGCUUCCUGCAGCGGAGUCGAUGGAUCUCCCGAAACACGGUGAGUCCCGCUUGCUGCAGCGUCUCAGCGGGACGACCCCUGGGACAGAACAAGCAAACAGGCUCCUUCAACGAGCGGAGGGAGUUGCAGACCCUGAGCUGGAGGGAGCGCAUCGAGAGGGGUUGCCAUGCCGCCUCGAUACAGAAACACUGCGCUGAGGCCAGAGGGACCGGCAGCGUGCUGCAAGGACCCUGGUCCAGGUGUCACGUCGACUCAUGGUAUGUUAUCGCCGGGGCUGCUCUGCUUGCAGUGAAAAACUCUGCGUUCUGCGAAGUAGGGCUGCUAAACCACCUGAACGACGCUCUGAUGGACACAGCAGCAGACUGGAUUCGCGUUCCUCGCUGUGACUCUUGCCAUGACGCUUGCUGGGCCUCCAUCAUGUCCGAUGUUGCAGGUCUUUGCGUCACUAAAGCAGACACUGAUGGGGACAAUAAGCAGAGACAGUGCCUGGUGUUUGGCAGUCGCUCAGCGUGGGGGACUGGUGAAAGCCAACAGGGGGAUUUAGUUUUAACAUUUUCUGAAGAGCCUUCAGUUCCUCACAGAGGCCUCAUGACGCUGCACGACGGGGAGCCGCGGUACCAGCAGCAGCUCUUAGCUUGUGUUGUGUGUUCCCUGCAGACCCUGACCUCUGGGGACGCCCUGCUGCUGCCAGUGUUUGCUGCCCUCACCCGAGUCACCGCAGCUGUUGUGUUUUGCCUGCAUGUGUGUUUUAGCUCUGUCACGUUCAGGUGUCCGUCCCCCUCGGGUAUUACUGGGGCAGUUCUUGUGUGUGUUGGCUUCUGCCCUGAAGCUGCUGCACGGAUACUCCCUGUUGUCACCGACGUCCACAGCCGCAUGGGUCAGUUGUUGAGAGGAGAGGAGGGUAAAAAUGUGCCGUCUGGGUGUGACAGUCAGGUGCUGCAGUUUGUUCCCAUGGAGGAGCUGCUCACAGGAGGACUGACUGACUUCCUGCGGACCAUGAACUCUGAAAUCAUCCAACAGAAGCUGCAUCUACUCAUGCAAUCAUAGUGCAGUUUAGUGAGCUGUGACUCCCUUCAUCGCUUCAGAAGCUGUCUCAUUAUGUCGGUGUUAUUCUCAUUGAGUCAGCACACUGUUCAGCUACAUGUCCCUCCAGCAGUUAAUCACUGAAUCACUUUUGUAUGCCAAUAUAAAAAGACUACAACACUGACUAAGCAUUGCACUCGAAAACAUUUUCAGACUCAAAAUGAACAGAGUUAAAGAAAGGAUCAAAUCUAUUCAGCAAAACCAGAGAUAUUAUCUUCUUUUCUCCAUUUAUUCUUCCUAAAUGAUCAAUACAUUUGUUCGUAUAAAUUCAUACUUUUACAAUUUAUUAAUAAUAAGUUAUUUCAUAAUGCCUUUUGUUCUAUGUACUUUAAAACAUUUUGGGUUCUACAAGGGCUUAUAUUUUUGAAAAAUACAAAAAAAUAAACCUGUCUCUUGUUUUGAUCGUAUUAUAGUGACAAUUGAAUAUGUGCUGCUACCAUUGAUAUGAUCAAAUCUGUUUAUAAUAUCUACCCCACAUAUCAGUUGGACUUUGAUGCAAAACUCCAAACUGUGAAGUUAAACAAGGUCACUUCACUUCACCAGAAAAGUCUCUAAAAUCUUUGAUUAUCUCAGUUUCAACAAAAUGAAGUCCGCUGAAAGCCUGCACUCAUCCUGCAGGCGAGAACAACAUUGUCUCAUGAUACAAAUUUGCAGUGCAUGAAAAUUCAAAUUACUUUCAGCACUUGAUCAGCAGAACUCAUCCGUGACUGAAUCCUUGAGGGGAUUUGAGGGAGGAGUGAAUAAACAACAGUCCAACCCACAGCAGCAAGCCUCCUGUCAGUCACAGAUGGUUUGCGCUGAAAUCCACCUCACAGAGCCGGGAGUUUUACCCCAAAGAGGCCGGUUGUGGUUUACAAAAUGUUGUUUUAUCCCAAGAUGAUCGGGAUCGUUUUGACUUUUUGCCAUCGAGCAACAUAUAGACGACUUCCUAUUAAUCAAAUGAUGUCUAUCUUUUUGAUUUCCACAUAUGACAGGACAGUUUUCUUGCACUGACAUGUUUUUAUACUCGAUGAACUACUAACUAAAGGGCUUUUAAGAAAUGAAACCAUAUCAGAAUAUUAGCUUCACGAAAUAUUUACAUAUUUUUAAGUUCUGGUUUAUGAUAUAACAACGUUGUUAAUGAGGAAUUUAUUUUCCUACUAAAACAAUAAAAAUGUGCACUGACAAAUGAUACUGAUACUGCUCAAGUGUCUUCUAAACCCAAACAGAACUGUUGUUUCUUUCCCUCCUGUCAGACUGUAAUGAUGUUUAUUACACACUGGAAGAGAUGGAUGAAACUGGAGUGACAACUCUGCUAUUCUUAGAUCCUGUGCAGAUGCACUUCUCCAGCAGCUGCACUUAGGAGGACUUUUAUCGAUCCAACACAAUUUUCAAGUCAUUCUUGGAUUCUGGGCACUGGAUGUGCUGAGAGGCACCAGGGUGAGAUUUAUGUUCUGCAAUCAUCUCAGGACUUUCCAGACUCAGUUUGUCAGGCUCAGCUCCCUGCUGUCAGACAUAACUCAGCUUUUAAGGUGAGGGGUAGUUUGAGCUAGGUCCACCUCCUGCAGCUUUUACAGAAACAUGCUGCUACCACAUUAAGGCUUGGUUUUAAAUAUGAAAUGAUGUCAUAUAUAUAUAAUAAUAUAACAGUCGGAGGGCCCGAACGAAAAUGUUUACUGAAAUCGUUUAACUAAAUUUUGCUGCUAAAACUAAAGCACGAUUACUUGCUGGUAAUGGAGUAUUUUUAUAUUGCAGUAUUUGUACUUUCUCCUUAAAUAGCAGAUCUGAAUAAUUCUUACUCCUGCAAAUUACUGCCAGCCAGUGUUUGAAUAAAUAUCUAUUUACUACAAUGAAUCUCUCCCUUGAACAGAAUAUUUACAUGAUCAGAAAUGCGUGAUGAAUAUGCAUAUUCAUAUUGACUAAUCAUCAUAAUCAUAAUCAGACAUACUUGAUUCAUCCCAAACUGGGAGUGAUCGUCUUGCUGAUCUGAACACUAGACUGUUGUUGAAUACUUUAUAUGUGCCCUUGUAAGCAUGUGCAAAUGUGAGUAAACAGACGCUUAAAAAGAUGCAUCCAAAUAACUUUUUAGGGACCCAACACUAGAGGUUUGAACAUAUGAAUAUGGAGCCUGCAUGGUGGGACUGCAGAUAUAAAGCACUAGGACAGCCUGCAGACUGGUAAUACUGAAUGUAUGGUGGUCAUCAUUCAGCUUCACUCCGAAUUCAGCCUCUACUCGAGGGCUGCCAAGGAUUAUUUUCAAAAGAAGUAGACUUAUUAAAUUAUGUGAAUGUGUUAAUGCGAGAUAACUGUUGUAACUGUCUUACAGUCAUAACUCAGCUGCUUUACUGUGUAAAACAGGCACUGGUGGAUAUGUGAGGUAGAUUUAAUUAGCACAGUGUCUGCAGAUAGAUCUGUGCAUUUCCAUUAACUGGGAUUCCUCAGCGAUCCAUGGAUAAAGAGAAAAAGCAGAUUCUCCUGCUGCAUGCCUUCACCUCCAGCACCUGCUAAUGUAAAACUGACAGGAUGUUGGAUGUUAAGACGUAAGUGAUCCGGCCCAGUGGCGUCGCCAAGGGGGGGGGCUAGGGGGAUGGGCAACCACAUACUGGCCCCUUCCCACCACUCUCUAUGAUUAUAGGUAUCAUCUUUGUGGCAAUUUUAAACAUAAAAGGCUUGUUCCCAUUCAAUUCUUUACCGGUAUGAGUGCACAACAGACAUUAGGCUGUUUAACUGUUGAAUAAGGAACCAAAGUGUGCAAUUCCUAAAAGGGGAGGUAUCCUGCUCAUUUUCAAGUUUCAUAUUUGUUUUUUGUGCCUUUAUUGUGACAUGUUUCCAUGCUUUAAGGUUCUAAAAGGUCUUUAUUUUUCUCAUACUGCCUGUGCUACAGCACCUCUUUUCACACUGUCUGAAAUCAGAGCCCAGGCCGGUUCUGUUGUGAUUGGUCAACUGCUUAGAGAUGUCCCGCCACUUAACCUAUCAUGUACAAUUUGUUGGAGCGCAAGCCAAUAGAAGUGGCAGUAUUACAUAAUGAUUUCACUAUCAAUGCAAAGGUUGAUUCCAUUAGGUGUUAACAGUUUGCAACAAUUUGCACGUAGGCUUUUGCACUUAUUCACAGCCAUAGUUCUGCUCACCUGUUUUCUUUUAGUUUAUACAUCUUGGUUUAAAAUGCAACGAUAACCCCGAUCGUUGAAGGUCAAAAAAGACGACUCUCUAAUCUGUUUUUGCAAAUUUCAUUGUUGUCCCGUGUUCAGUUCUGACAUACCUUGGUUGAGGGUCAAGCCCUUUAAAAAAAACCUAUAACACGAAACACACCAAAGGGUUUUUUCAUCUGUAGGUUUAAUACCUAUAGAGUUCCUGAUGUUGUCAUAUUGUGGAUUACUGUCAUGAACCAGAUCGGAGAAAAUCAUAAAGUUAUAGUCCCUUAAUUCGUUUGGUAAAAAGGAAGAUGUGUUUGUGAGUGGGAGACAGAGAGUGAGUGUGUGUGGUUGAGUGAUUGGGUUGUACUGUGUCCCAGGAAUGUAAUCUGUCCUCUGUGCAGUAUUCAGCUGUGUCUCUGCUCUGCGUGCUGACUACAGCCCAAUCUGAGUGGAUGAAGUAAUCACAUGGUGAACUUGUGAACUGUGUCCUGAUGAACUCAGAACAGCCACACAGAUAUGUAGUGAUGAAUUGUUUGUAGGUCAGUCGGUAUCCAUUCACACUUUAGGCAGCAAUAUAUAACGGACCUUUUAAAGCUGUUCAGAUUUUGACAUGGUGAUAAGGGGUCACCAAUGAAUCAGAUCCAUGUUGACACAAAUUAGCCCAGACAAACAAGCUGUGAACUACACAAGACAAACACUUAUAGAAUUAUAUCUUUAUUCGUCAAAACAAGAUACUGCGUUACAUAUAAUAUGUAUGAUUGGCAAAGAGUUCAAAAACUGCUGUGUCUAAAAAAUAGUCUAAAAUAAUGAGCAAUGUGUUAGCUUAAAAUCUGCUGUGUUGGAGGUGUGAUGAUGGAGCUGAUUAUAAUGUAAGUAUAAAUGUUCUUAUUGUCAGUAUACGUAAAACUGUGUACAAUUUUAGUAUAAAUGUGAGUAUGAAUGUUCAAUAUAACCAUGUCUCUAAAUGUUUAUAACACAGUAAACACGUUUGUAUCAAUUGCAGUAUGACUGUGUUUGAUGUCAGUACAAAUGUGAGUUUAAAUGUGAAAAGAAAUGCGUAUGAUGAUGAUGUUUGUUAAAUUAAAUAUCAGUAUUUAUGUGACAAAAAGCAACAUGUAUGGCUGAUAUAAAUACACAUCUUAAAAUAAAUGUUAUCUUUAACUUUGA